UAUUACUUUUUACCGCACACCAAAUAGGGGUUAAACAACUCACACCAUUGCUGUUUCUUUCGCUCGGCUAGCUCGGGUUAUCGGCUCAACCGUUUGAACAAACGUCCCAAUUGGAAAAACGCUGUCCAAUGUAAAGUUUCUGUAGACCAGGUUGAAAAAGCGCCUCUAGCGGACAAAAAUUACUGGCGAAUCGUUGGUUCAGGUUCAGUCCGUUAAGGUUCGGAUAGCGCUCUCGGGACUGACGAACACGACGAGACUACCGUAUUUAUUCUACCAUGGCACUAUGGGGCAAACAAUCACUUUUUGUGCCAUUACUUCAAAAGCCGCGACGGAAAACAGAAAACGCGGACGAAACUCGCAGCCGAAGAGCGAGCAAAGGCGAGUAAAUAGCUAACCCAGCAACAAAAGCACAAAGUGAACAAUCGUAAAACAACCAAAAGGCAAGCCAAUUAGAAAAAUAAACACAGUGCAAAAACCCAGCAAAAAACAGGAGAAUAGAAAAGAAAGCGCCGAGAAAACGGAAAAACAAAAAGUUUAUCUAACUGUGAAUCCGAGCGCCAACGUGGGAGGCAUCCGAAACGAAAACAACGGAUAAAAAGGCAGAGAGAGAAGAGUAAAGCGAUCUCUGGCAAAGCUGACGACAAAACGCCAAGGCCAACCAAUCUCCAGCUCCUGAUCAAUGUAAACAUUUAUGUUCCCGUUAACAAAAGGAACUGCAGUUGAUUGCCAGACUUUAUGGUUUAUCCUGAUACGCCAGCCACAUAUAUCCCUCGUAGUAAUUGUCAAUUCACAACAACAGUAGUACCAAUCGUCCAAUAAUCACACUUUCGCCGCUGUUCUUUAUAUUAAACCAACAAUUGCGGCUCGGUAUUACAGGCUAUCCAACAUAAAUCCCGCUGUGAGAAUCUGUUGGGACCCAUAGGCGUCGCGCUGAACGGCCCCGGCCUAAGGGGCCAUGACGCGUUGGCCCUUUAAUCUUCUACUCUUGCUGUCGGUGGCGGUACGCGACUGUAGCAAUCACCCCACCGUCCUCACCGUCGGCUACCUGACGGCGCUCACUGGCGAGCUCAAGACGCGCCAGGGACUGGCCAUUUCCGGUGCCCUGACUAUGGCCCUGGAUGAGGUCAACAAAGAUCCCAAUCUGCUGCCAAAUGUGACGCUGGAGCUGCGCUGGAAUGACACCAAGGGGGACACGGUACUGGCCACCAAAGCCAUAACCGAGAUGAUAUGCGAUGGCAUUGCAACCAUUUUCGGACCGGAAGGACCUUGCUACGUGGAGGCCAUCGUGUCGCAGAGUCGAAACAUUCCAAUGAUUUCCUAUAAAUGCGCAGAGUACCGUGCAUCCGCCAUACCGACGUUCGCCCGGACGGAACCGCCAGACACGCAGGUCGUUAAGUCGCUGCUUGCCCUCCUGCGAUAUUAUGCGUGGAACAAGUUCUCCAUCCUGUACGAGGACGUGUGGGGUCCGGUGGCAGAUCUGCUCAAGGAUCAGGCCACCAAGCGAAACAUGACCAUCAACCACAAGCAAUCCUUUAUCGAUAAUCGGGCCAAAUGCUGCGAACUGAUGCUGGACUGCUGUCGCUCUGGCUAUUGGUACCAGCUUGUGCAGAACACGAUGAACCGCACCCGAAUCUACGUGUUUCUGGGGGCGGCCAACAGUCUGGUGGACUUCAUGAGCUCCAUGGAGACCGCUGGACUGUUUGCUCGUGGCGAGUAUAUGGUGAUCUUUGUGGACAUGAUGGUCUAUUCAGAGCGGGAGGCAGAAAAGUAUUUGCGCAGGGUGGAUCAAAUAGCUCUCAUGUCGAAUUGCCACAGCACCGAGAACUUCAACCAGCUGGCCCGCAGUCUGCUCGUCGUGGCCUCAACGCCUCCUACAAAGGACUACAUUCAGUUCACCGAACAAGUGCAGAAGUACAGCUCGAGGCCGCCAUUCAACUUGUCGAUUCCAAAGCUCUUUGUUGAAAGUAAUUUUAGCAAGUUCAUAUCGAUCUAUGCCGCCUACCUGUACGAUUCGGUGAAACUUUAUGCCUGGGCUGUGGACAAAAUGCUGCGCCAGGAGACGCGAGUGCUGACCGAUGAGGUGAUCUUCGAAGUGGCCAGCAACGGGACUCGGGUCAUCGAUACCAUAAUCAAAAACCGUACUUAUAUGAGCAUCACUGGAUCCAAGAUCAAGAUCGAUCAGUAUGGCGACUCGGAAGGCAACUUCUCGGUGCUGGCCUACAAGCCCCACAAGUGGAACAACUCGAACAACAUGCCCUGCAACUACCACAUGGUUCCCGUGGCGUACUUUCACCAAGGCGAAGAACUUCCAGAGUACAAGCUGAUCAAUGGUUCCAUAGAUUGGCCGUCGGGCGGCGAGAAGCCCACGGAUGAGCCGAUGUGCGGGUUUGCCAACGAACUGUGCAAAAAGGAUGACACCCACUACACGUCCACGGUUGCCGCCGUGGUUCUGGGCGUGCUGCUCUUCUGCUCCGGAGUGAUCACCAUGAGCAUAUAUCGCAAGUGGAAAAUAGAACUGGAGAUCGAGGGCUUGCUCUGGAAGAUAGACCCCAACGACAUUAAGGGUUAUUCCGGCAACGAGAUCGUGUCCUCUCCCAGUAAAGUCAGUUUGAUGAGUGCGCAGAGCUACGGUUCCCGCUGGACCAACCAGUUCGUGACCUCCACAGGUCGCCUGCGUGGGGCUGUGGUCCGAAUCAAGGAGCUGAAGUUCCCCCGCAAGCGCGACAUUUCCAGGGAGAUCAUGAAGGAGAUGCGCUUGCUGCGCGAACUGAGACACGACAACAUCAACAGCUUCAUUGGCGCCAGCGUGGAGCCCACGCGCAUCCUUCUAGUCACCGAUUACUGUGCCAAAGGCAGUCUCUACGACAUCAUCGAGAACGAGGACAUCAAGCUGGAUGACCUAUUCAUUGCCUCACUCAUUCAUGACCUUAUAAAGGGCAUGAUCUACAUACACAACUCUCAACUGGUCUACCACGGCAACCUCAAGUCCUCGAAUUGUGUGGUCACCUCGCGCUGGAUGCUCCAAGUAACUGACUUCGGGCUGCACGAAUUGCGUCAGUGCGCCGAAAACGAGUCCAUCGGGGAGCAUCAGCACUAUAGAAAUCAACUGUGGCGUGCCCCCGAGCUGCUGCGAAAUCACAUCCACGGCAGCCAGAAGGGCGAUGUGUACGCCUUUGCCAUCAUCAUGUACGAGAUAUUUAGUCGUAAGGGUCCGUUCGGACAAAUCAACUUUGAACCAAAGGAAAUCGUGGACUAUGUCAAGAAGCUACCGGUCAAGGGCGAGGAUCCGUUUCGGCCGGAAGUGGAGUCCAUCAUAGAGGCCGAGUCCUGUCCGGACUACGUGCUGGCCUGCAUCAGGGACUGCUGGGCCGAAGAUCCCGAGGAGCGGCCCGAAUUCAGUGUCAUACGCAACCGCUUGAAAAAGAUGCGAGGCGGCAAAACCAAAAACAUCAUGGACCAAAUGAUGGAAAUGAUGGAGAAAUAUGCCAACAACUUGGAGGACAUUGUCACCGAGCGCACUCGUCUCCUCUGCGAGGAAAAGAUGAAGACGGAGGACCUGCUGCAUCGCAUGCUGCCGCAGUCGGUGGCCGAGAAAUUGACCAUGGGUCAGGGCGUCGAGCCGGUAUCCUAUGACUUGGUCACCAUCUAUUUUAGCGACAUUGUUGGUUUUACUGCAAUGUCUGCGGAGAGCACACCGCUGCAAGUGGUGAACUUUUUGAAUGAUCUCUACACAGUGUUCGAUCGCAUCAUACGCGGCUAUGAUGUGUACAAGGUGGAAACAAUAGGAGAUGCCUACAUGGUGGUCUCGGGUCUGCCCAUCAAGAAUGGGGAUCGACACGCGGGGGAGAUAGCUUCGAUGGCCCUGGAGCUGCUCCAAGCGGUGAAGCAGCACCGCAUUGCCCACCGUCCGAACGAGACGCUGAAGCUGCGCAUCGGGAUGCACACGGGUCCGGUGGUGGCGGGCGUGGUCGGGCUCACGAUGCCGAGGUACUGCCUCUUCGGGGACACCGUCAACACAGCGUCGCGAAUGGAGAGCAACGGCGAGGCGCUCAAGAUCCACAUUUCCAACAAGUGCAAGCUGGCGCUGGACAAACUGGGCGGGGGCUACAUCACCGAGAAGCGUGGCCUGGUCAACAUGAAGGGCAAGGGCGAGGUGGUCACCUGGUGGCUCACCGGGGCGAACGAGAACGCGAUACAGAAGAAGCUGGUGGACAUGAUGGACAUGCCGCCGCCGCUGUUCAGUCGCCCGCGCAAGAGCCCCAAACUCAAUCCCGACUCCCGCCAGCCGAGCAUCCAGGCCAUGCACUUCUGCGGCACCGGAUCGAGGCGCCAGAGCACCGUUCCCCGGCCGAUGGACGGCGAGUCCACGUACAGUCUGCAGGGGUCCGUGAGGGACUCGCCGCGCAUGGUCAGCAAGCGGGACAGGGAUCGCGAGCGACCCUCCAUCAAUGGACUGGGCGCAGGGCACCUCAUGGGCGGAGCUCUCCUCGAGUCCGCUCAGGCCUCGCUCAGCACGCUGAAUCAUUCCGAAACAAACGAAACGAACUGUGAUAUGGAUGGGGGAUCGGGAGGAGUGUCGGCAUCGGGAUCGGGGUCCGGCCUGGUGCGCCAGCCCAAUGCGCUGCACAAGCCGCUGGCCAUGGUGCGCCCGCACAGGAUCAUCAGUGCCGCCCAGUUGCCCCAACUGGGCGACAUCGAGGACGACUCCGCGGAGACGCUGCUGCGCGAGUCCCGCUCCCUGGACCCCAUGCCCAUGCAGCAACUGCGCAAACGACACGAGAGGGUCAAGCUGCCGCCCUCCAAGCUGUCCAAGAACAACUCGCGAUCGCUGGACACGGGUGUGUCGCUGAUCAGUGGCAAUCCCAACGGGGAGGCGGAGUCGAGUCAGCUGCACCUGGAUGACGAGAUGUCCGCCAAUCCGGUAGACGCCACCGAUGGCUACGACGACGAGCUGGGCCUGCUGAUGCGGCACGACAACGGUCAGCUGCCCGCCCUCCGCUAUUCGGGCAGUUUUCCCAACGCCCAGAUCAGCAUUGUUCCCGCAGGAGGAGGAGGAGGCGGAGGGGGUAGCAACUGUGCCAAGCAUCUGAACAACAACUGCAACGGCGGGGUGAGCAUCGAGGAUGAUCUGGAGUCGCCGCUGCUGCAGCGGCAGGCCUCGCUCUCCGUGCCGCCGGAGGAGAUGCCGGGACACACCAAGCGCUGGCACUCGCUGGAGCACAUGGACGGACCCGGCGGCCACGGCGGGAACAGCGUGAGCUACGCCGCCGACAUCGAUAACCGCCAGCCCGGAGACCUGGACUUUCUGAGCGGCUCCUCCAAUCAGCACAGGGCCAAAACUCCCGGCGGGAGCAAGCUGACCAACUGGAUGUCCAACAUCUUCAAGGGCAACGGGGUGCGCAGCGGUGAGGCUAGGCGAGUGGGAAUCCUGCCCAGCGGAGUGCACGGAGCACGAACCGGAUUCACGGACAUGGCGGCCUCGGCAGCGGCCCGGGAUCGCGAGAGUAUAGUGUAGGGAUGUCGAGGAGGCAGAGUAGAAACUAAGCGAGGAGGAGCAGGAUGACCAGGAUGAGCUGGAAUGGAGAUGAGGAAGGAGGUGGAAAAGUUACUCAGGAACCGUGUCGAGCAGGAAACGAUCGUCUUCUGGCUUAUUUCUUUGUUUUAUGUAUUGUAGCUUGUAUUGAUCGAACGAUUUGUGUGUCUGUGUUGGAAGUCAUCCACCUAUAAACGUGUGACCAGCCUGUUCCGAAACAGUUGAUCACUCUGGCAUUGCAGGACUUCAAUUGUCCUAUGGAAUUCCAAACUAUUUUAUUCGAUUCCAAGCCAAGUCCUGCGAUCCCGAAGUGGAACAGCGAACAGAAGCUGAAGCGAAAAUCAUACAUAGUAUAUAUUUGAUAACUCUACAUACAUACAUAUUAGAGAAGCCGAAAAAACCGUCUAGUCACAAGGUCUUCAGACUAGUUAUUGUUUUAUAUAAAAUACACACACCCACACAUCUAAAUGUACGUUUGUAAAUGUAACACAUACACACACACACACAACCACACACACACAUAUUUAUACGACGAUAAAGAAUCAAAAACAAAUAUUUUAUGUAAAUGUAAUCGAACACUUUUGCUUUCUAUACAAGAUGCGCUGCAGCAAACAAAUUAUGCUUAAAACAGAAACUAGUUAAUUUAUAUAUUUGAAAACAAAAAGAGAGUGGAAAAAUGUAAUGUAUCAAUGUGUUUUGCUAGUACGUAGUUAAGUGAGUGUGAUUGUACGUAAUAUUUAAGUCUACAACUAAAAUAAUAAUUUUAAUUAAUUCAUUAUAAACGAGAAUUGUGAGCAGAGAGGAGCGAUAAAGUCGCCCGAUCCGUGGUGUUUUAGCUGUAUGUAUGUAUGUAUAUUUUUAAAAGAAAAUUUGUUAAAUUUGCCAUAUAUAAAUACAAACAAGAAACUAUUAAAAAUUUGUUUGCCAGGA